AUGUCCAAUGAAACGGCUCGAAAAUGUGACUCACUUGCAUAUGAAGCAGAACAAAUCAGGAAAUUCGUGCGUCUGUUCUCAAAAGAAUGUUACUCAACAACACCACCCCGCUCGGCACACCCAACCUUCGCCAUGGCAUACAAGCUGCACAUUCCGGACUGCAUUCUCGAGCCUAAUCAUCCUUUCCACUUCCCUUCACACAACAAACCUUUACGGAUUCGCAUCCAAGGUCCACUGAUCUCCAUCCAAAGGUUGAUUCCGAAAGCACAAUGGCACCAGGAUUUCUUGACUAGACCGACCCCUCAAGUUCCGGCGCCAGAUUUUGCACGCCUCACAUAUCGUACAAUCUAUGGGUGUGAUCCUCAACCUGAGGUGCCGGACGACCUCGUGAUCCGCCACGAAUAUUGUGGCUGGAUAAGCAAACCGCCUUUGCCAAUCGAGGGCUUUGACUACUACGGCGUGACCUUUGAUCAUCUCGUCCCUGCAGACGAUACCAACCCGGAAGUGUUGCAUAUUAACAUAAUAGAACUGGAAGCUAAGGAAGGCCUAUAUGCCAACGGAUUAAACUACGCCAACGAAAACCUCUCAUUUAAGGUUGACCCUUUGAGCUAUUUGGGGGAAAAGGUGCUAGCCGUGCCGAGGUGCUGUCAAAAGCGCAAGGGGACAAAGGAUAGGAAGCGUAUUAACGAGGAGGUGCUUUACCAAGAGAACUGGUUGAAAGAGCGUGCCGCUGAUGAGAAACGUCACACUUCAUCUUCUAAUUAG